CUUGGCGUCGUUGGAUGUAGGAGUGUCCGAGCAGCCUUUAAAGGCAUCAUAAGCUUCCUGUACCGCCGCACUGGUUUAGGGCGCCUCAUGAUCAGGAUCACUUGUGUUCACUUGUCAGCGUUGAAGCGCAAUUUCAGUUUAGGUAAGGAGAGCUGUGAGCCACGAACGGGGUCUGUGAGUCGGUGGCUGCAGUCAGACAAACAAUGAGAACAUGCCUCAACAGAUUCAGGCGCUCGCCUUUUGCUCGAUCCCAGUUGCGCUGUCGGUUAUCGCCGCCUUGGCCUGUUUAAACGAGAAAGGUAAAGAGACGGAAGUUAUCUCAAGUUUUUGUUUAUUAAAGCGCAGUCUUAGUGAGCAGCGUUAGACGAGCCGUUAGAAUCUUCUGGUGCUGGCCAUGUUGGUCGAGCAGCUGACAGUUGGCUCGUUAUUCAGGGUCUCUAGGACCCCGCAGACACCAAGCAUGCGUCCGCGGGGCGGAGGACCGGGCGGAGAAAGGUGAAGUUAACCUCAGAGGACUGAUCAGAGCUGAGAGCAAAGAUCCAGAGCAGACGUCCGUCAUAAUCCGCAGUGUCAACAUCUCCAAUCAACUUAUUCUCGGGGUGGAGGUUAAGCUGGGAGCCGGCCUGUUUGGAUCAGCUAUGCAAGCAAACACAACGCGGGGCUUCUUGUGGUCGGACGUAGAGACGAGGACGCUGCUAAACAUCUGGGGAGAGCAGGACAUUCAGGCGGCGCUGGAUGGAAACUUCCGAAACAGCUUCGUGUACCGCGACGUCUCUCGGAGGCUGGGAGCGAUGGGGUUUGAAAGGACGCCCGAGCAAUGCAGGGUGCGCAUCAAAAGCCUCAAGAGGCAGUACUUGUUAGCAAAGGAGGGUAAUCUGCGGAACAACGGGCAGUAUCACAAGAUCUGCAAGUUUUAUGACACCAUGGAGAGGAUAUUGAGUAACCGACCGACUCUGGACGCCCAGGAGUUUAUAGACAGCGGUGCGGGAGGAGAAGAGGCCGUGGAUGGCCCGGAGGAGGAUGGAGAAGAUGCUCAAGAUGCUUACUCGGAGAGCACAGGGGAGUGUCCUUACCCUGCUGAGACUGAAGUGAAGCUGGAAUACCCAACUGUUCCCAUCCCCAUUCCAGUUAAAGUGACAGUGGGAAAUAAUAGCAGCUCUGCGAAACCACUUAACAGCAGCCAGUCAGCCAGCAAUUUGUCAACCAGAGCGUCUAAACGGCCCAGGAAGCGACGUGCUAAUUUCCCCAUGGAAAAACUAAUGGAGCAGUUCCUGGAGCAGAGCGCCCAAGCUGAGGACAACUUCUACCGGAUGGAGGAGCAGCGCUUGCAAGCAGAAGAGCAUCGCCGAGAAGCCGAGCACGCCCGGGAGCUGCACAUGCUUCAGAUGCUUGCCCAGAUGUUUGCCGGCAUCUCCUCUGCCAGACCCGGCUCAGCAGCUGCUCCCUCCAAGACGGCGAAUCCUGCCCGCACUCCCGUCAUCUCCAGUGCCUCCCCAUCACAUACACGUGGCCACUCCAGUCAUCUCAAACGCCCCUCAACCCAGGCAGACUGUCUCACACAGCAGAAUCAGUUUUUGAACGCAGACCCUCAGACGUUAGUGUUUGAACGCUUCUGCGGAUUGGGCUCCACAUCGCACAAAGGCAUGGAUGAUGACAUCCUGUCGCUAGUAAAGACCAUAAUCCCUCCGCUGACAUCCAAAAAGCAUAAGGGGCAAGACGGACGUAUUGGGAUCAUUGGAGGAUGCCAAGACUACACUGGAGCUCCAUACUUUGCUGCCAUCUCUGCUUUGAAAGUGGGGGCUGACUUGUCUCACGUGUUUUGCACCAAAGAUGCUGCAGCUGUAAUCAAAUCCUACAGCCCUGAGCUCAUAGUUCAUCCAGUUCUGGACAGUCCUAAUGCAGUGGAAGAAAUAGAAAAAUGGCUUCCAAGACUACAUGGCCUUGUGGUGGGACCAGGUUUAGGAAGAGAAGACUUAUUACUGAAAACAGCAAAGGAGGUCAUUGAGAAGUCUAAAGCGAGAGAUAUCCCCAUAGUCAUUGAUGCAGAUGGAUUAUGGCUGGUUACACAGCAACCAUCUGUUAUCCAAGGGUACCAGAAGGGCAUCCUUACACCUAACUUCAUGGAGUUCACUCGAUUGUAUGAGGCAUUGCACCAUGAGCCCAUGGACAGCAGUGAUUAUCAGCGCAGCGUCAUGCAGCUCAGCGUAGCUAUGGGCAACCUCACCUUGGUGCUGAAGGGAGAGCAGGAUUUGAUUACAGAUGGCAGUAAAGUGUACUCAUGCAGUGUAGAGGGCAGCGGGAGACGAUGUGGUGGACAGGGCGAUCUUCUUUCUGGGUCUAUGGGAGUGCUGGCACACUGGGCCCAUGCUGCCUCCACAGCAGGAAUGAUCAGAAGUGUGAAUCCAUCUGUGGUUGCUGCAUUUGGUGCUUGUUCGCUCACCAGGCAGUGCAACAGUCAAGCAUUCCAGCGGCAUGGCAGGUCCACCACCACCUCAGACAUGAUCCAGGAGAUCGGCUCAGCCUUCAAAAAGCUAUUUGAAAGCUGAAAACAGUCAGCGACGCAAACUGUUGUACAACGCUAAUUAACACAGCCUUUUUUUUGGGG